CCAGUUGGCAUUGGUCAAGUGUAUGGUUGUGACAACCCCUGGACUGGAGGCAUCUUCCUUGUUGCUCUACUUAUCUCCUCCCCACUUAUUUGUUUACAUGCUGCAAUUGGAUCGACAGUGGGGAUGUUUGCAGCGCUGAGCAUUGCAUCACCAUUUGACAGCAUCUACCUUGGCUUACACAAUUACAACUGUGCACUCGCCUGCAUUGCAAUUGGGGGCAUGUUCUAUGCCCUGACCUGGCAGACUCAUUUGCUGUCACUUGCUUGUGCAUUAUUUUGUGCCUACUCUGGAGCAGCUCUUGCUAAUGCCCUAUCUGUGGUUGGGCUGCCACUCUGCACGUGGCCUUUUUGCUUCUCUGCACUCCUCUUUUUGCUGAUAAGCUCAGACAACCCAGCCAUCUACAAAAUCCCCCUCUGCAAAGUCACCUACCCAGAAGCCAACCGGAUCUUCUACCUGAGAAUGAAGAGAAGAGCCUCAGAGAGCAGGAGAGAAGAGCAGAAACGAAAGCAGCAGAAACCCUCCAGCGACUCGAAAAUAAACACAGGAGGAACCCCCCUGUGGACCCCCGAAACCCGCCAUGCUUACUGA